AUGAUCGAUAUACCGACUAGAACCUGCUUUCAAAAUGUCGUCAUUGCAUUCUACCUUGCGAUUCUCAUUGUCGUGCUUCCCUUUCUCAUAGGCCCGCUUGUUAAAAAUGAAGUUCAUCCGAAUAACGAGGCCUUUCUCAUUGCUGGAAUAUUCAUUAUUCUCUCACUGCCAAUUUCUGCCUAUUCCAUCGUCAACCACCUUGUGAACUUCACACAGCCAGACCUACAGCGCCCAAUAUGUCGAAUUCUUGCAAUGGUCCCCGUUUACGCGCUCGAUUCUUUUCUGUCAAUUCGUUUCACUUCGUACGCGAUCUACUUCGACACCAUUCGCGAAUGGUACGAAGCAUAUGCAAUUUAUAACUUCAUGUCUCUUGUUCUCCGUUUUCUUCAGCGCAAUUACGACGUGAGUUACAUAAUGGAGUACAAACCUUAUCAACGCCAUCUUUUUCCUUUUUGCUGUCUGCCUAUUCUCCACACGUCAGACUACGCCGAAGGUGGAAAUGUAUUCAUUCGAUUCUGCAAAACUGGGGUGCUCCAAUACUGUUGUACCAGGACUAUAACAACCAUGCUGGCCUUCAUCACACAUUUGUUCGGUUUCUACGGGAGUGGUCUCUUCAACUGGCGCUAUGCAUACCCUUAUCUGGUCUUUAUCAACAAUAUUUCUCAAAUCUGGGCGAUGUACUGUCUCAUCCUCUUCUACUAUGUAAUGCGCGUGGAGCUCCGUCCUCUCGAGCCACUUGCCAAGUUCGUCGCCAUCAAGCUCGUCAUUUUCAUGACUUUCUGGCAAUCGGUUCUGAUCGCUGCUCUCGUCGCUUUUGGCGCGAUAAAGCCGAAGGACGAGUGGGAGUGGAAUACAAAAGAACAUCUCCGAAUCGGCCUUGACAACUUCAUGAUUGUAAUAGAAAUGUUCGUUCUCGCCCUCGUCCAUCACUUGGCUUUUCCAGUUUCUCCUUACUCCGAUGGCGUGGGAGAAAUGGGGGUUUCAUGGCAUUCGAACAUUCCCGCUCUUUGGGACCACUCAGACGUUCGCAGCGAUAUAGCAGAACAUGUUCGCGUUAUAGAAAUGAAAAGAUAUCGAUCGGACGAAGAUGAGCCGUACUACCGAAAUCUUGUUGUCCGAAACAUCCCCGGUGAAAUAAAGGAUAAUGACGUGGUGGACUGUCUCCAAGAAGAAUACUCAAAAUAUGGAAAAUGCAGAGUUCGUAUGGGGAAAGACGACCACGACGAACGCGUCGGCUUCAUCGAAUUCGCGCACCACGAUUCUGCAAAAGACGCGAAGGCAGCCCGUGGCCACCUUGUAAUGAAUGAGCGGAGACUGCGAAUCGAUGUUUGGCUUGGUCACAAACGAGAUCGAAGGUCCCCUCACGACGAUGACCGGCGCUACGAUGACUAUCAUAGAUAUAAAAGAGACCGGCACAGUCCCGAGUACAGGGACGAAUACAGGUCACACAGCAGAUCCAGGCGAUCGCCACCACGCGAAGAGCGAACCGAGCGCUACCGGAGUAGCGAACGAAGAGGGAGAGAUGAGCCGCGUGGGUACGCAACGAGGCCAGGAAUCAAGCCGGACUUUGAAUUUCCUCGCGAUGAAGCGGGUCGAAAGCGAACACAUCUGGAAGGCGAAAAAUUCUUUCCCGGUGGAAGGGCUCAUAGGCCCGGUGAAGAUUACCCACCAGAAGACGAUCCAGGAGCAACUCGCUCAUUAUUCUUGGGAAAUUUGGAUCGAAGCCUCAAUCGGGAAGACAUCUACUCAGAAUUUGAAGAAUAUGGCGAUAUUCUUGAAUGCGACAUAAAACAAGCACGAAAUGCAAAUCACUCCAACUUUGGCUUCGUGAAAUACUUGGAUUUGAACAUGGCCUGGAAAGCGAAGUUAGCGAUGAACGGAAAAGUACUUCAUAGAAACGCGAUUCGUGUGGGCUGGGGAAGACCUGUUCCGAGUAAAGUUUUAUGGGUCGGUGGCCUCGGCCCAGAAGUAACUACAACUCUUCUUCAGCGUGAAUGUAGUAAAUACGGCUCCAUCUAUAACAUCAAGAAAAACGAGAACUCCGAUUGGGCAGAAGUUACUUUCCAGACUAUUGACAGUGUGACUUACGCUAUCUCCGCCCUCCGAGGGAAGCGGCUUCCUGGUUCAGAGCGACGUUGUCGCGUCGACUACGCGUUUACACAGGAGGGAGCUGAAAAGAUCGGUACAUUCUCUUCGUUGUCUGCCUAUCAUGAACGACGAGCACGCGAAUCUGGCAGUCUUCUCGAGCUUCACUCAGCUCUGGGCGAUUGUUGGGAAGGCGAGCUCGAGAUCAAGAAGCAGCCUAUCUCCGCUCGUUUCUCGCUAAUCGCUGGCGACCAGAAACGACUAUCCCUAUCAUUCUCUUCCCUCAGUAAAAUGAGCAUAAAGCAUCGUCUUACUUUCAACCACAAUCUUGCGAAUUCUAUGUCCGAAAAAGCGAAACAAGGCAAAGUCGGCGCAUUCUUGUUGAUAACAAAAGGCCGAGGCUCACAGCGCAGCAUCAAAAGCCUAAAUCAAUAUUUUCAACUCACGAAUUCUGUUGGACUAGUUUAUGUUAACAGUGAAGAACGCGCUGCCAUGUUUAUUUAUCCAGCCUCGUCUUGGACGGAAGGCAUCAUUUCUUCGUAUGCUCCUCUUCUUGCGGGGCGACUGAAAGGAGCCGUUUACAUGCUCGCCUAUGUCGGCUAUUUGCCCGCCGAAGAGUACCAGAAACAUAAAAAAGCUGCCGCCGAAGAUAAGGCCGUAAUGGCACCGUUACAACGAUGA